AGACUCUGUAUAAAGCAGCUACAGUGAUGGUUUUAAUGAGAAAUGGCUAGCGGACAUGUAGGACAGAUCCAGACUGACUUUGGGUUCAGAGGCGAGGACGAGAAGUGGGUACUAGGGGAAGGAAGGGUGUUAGGCUGUCUAGCAGAGGUUGGAGCUGCAGCUUUCUUUAUCUGAAAGAGAAAUGUGCAAAGCCCCUCACCCCCUACACACACACACACACACACUCAAAGAGGCUCAGUAAUGAAAGGUCAGUAAUGCUGUCCCCCCCCCCCACAUACUGUGAAAGAUGUCUUGAUGACAUUGGAAGAGGGCUAUGGCCAUUUGUCAGGGUUUGUCUGUUCAUUAACCGGUCUGUUUGAUUAUACGUCUGUCAGUUUUAGGUCGAGGGAGCGUUUGCUAAUAAUGAUGUAUUGUCUGAGGAUUCUCGUCACAACAAUUUAUUAACAUCCAUGAUAACUGAUGAAUUCAAUAUGUGAGUCAUUGGAGAACUGUAGCCUGCAGUCUCAAUCUAUUUCUGUCACUUCAGUUAUGGAAAUCAGGUGUUAGGAGAAUUUUGCUCAUUCAAGAUGAAACUCAAUGUUGUGUGUGUGUGUGUACACGUGCCUUCUCCAGGUGGUCCAUCCAGGUGGUCUUCGUCCCACUGUGACUGCUGCUGCAAGAGCCACAAGAGCGAGCGCGAGGGAGAGAGCGGCACUUCUUUGAAUGAGCUCUCUACUUCCUGCUCCGAGACCCAAUCAGAAGCCAGCUCCCCUCAGGGCACCGUCAUCUGUGGGCCCGUCAGCCGACAGCCUCACCCCAUCGCCCAGACCCUGGACCGGCCACUGAAGAAAGUUCCCGUUCAGCUGCUCCAGCCGUCGGAGGUGAGGAGGAAGACGGACCUGCUGCGUGUGAGGACAAUGGGGAUCAGGGAGCACCGGGAGGCUGCAGCCAAGAGGAAAGCCAACAAGGAGAAGUUAACACCGGAGCAGGAGCUGGAGAGGUGCAUCCAGGACUUCCGCCGGAUCAGGAUUCCUGAACGCUUCCCGGAGAGGAAGUACAUGUGGCAACAAGAGCUGCUGAGGAAGUACCGUCUCUAAGGAGAGGGAG